ACACAAGAGUAUGUCGUGGGUACCAUAUUUACUUUUUGAAAGUAUCAACCAUCCAAAGAGAUUGACAACAAACUCCUUUCCUAAAAUAGCUCUAUUUUGUUUCUCUUUAAAAAAAAUUAAUUAGAAAAAAAUGAGCAAUCACAUGGUAAUCGACACAAGACUCCCUUGGUGCACACCUUUCAGUUUUUACUCUUACUCGUAUUAUAACCAAUAGUCUAAUCUUCAAGGGUCUAAUUUUCCUCAUUUCCGCUCAAACGCCAUGUGAUGUUUGAAUACACGCGCUCAGUUUCCUCGCGCUUCUUUAGAGUGACGUAUUUCCUGUCCGUUUGUUGUUGCCUGGUUGCACAUUAAACCACAGAUGACCCACAGAUUUCUCGCCUUUCAUUCGUGACAUGGUGUAAAGCUGUCUAUAAAUCUAAGUACGGUGCUUUAUAGGAGGAGAACACGGAGCUGCUGGUGCUGUUUGGGGGGCUUUAACUGAGCUGUAACAUCUCAACCCUUCAUGUUUACCUGACAACUAACUGGAAGCAGGCAUGAGCAAAACGAAGAUGAGCAGGGACAGACGGAGCAACCAGCCUGGAUUUGGAAGAGUGACGCGCAGCUCCGUCGGCUCUCAGGAAUCCGCUCCAUCCUCCUCUCAGCAGAGCAAACCCUCAGACGCGGUCCUACUCGAUGACCUGAGCCUCAUGAGAGUGAGCGAGCUGCAGGCCUCAUUAGCACGGAAAGGGAAGUCACCAAAAGCAGGCACUGACGUUAGUAAGAGCACAUCAGGUCACUCAGUCCCCCAGGGAGCUCUCGAGACUGUGGGCCGACUCAUGAAGCUGGGUCGCUUGCGUAACGUGGUAGUAGUGGCUGGCGCUGGAAUCAGCACAGCAAGUGGCAUACCAGACUUUAGAACACCGGGCACUGGCUUAUAUGCCAACCUGGAAAAGUACAACGUUCCCUACCCCGAAGCUGUCUUCAAUAUCGACUACUUCUCUGAUGACCCUCGUCCUUUCUUCUCGCUGGCCAAAGAGCUGUACCCUGGCAGACAUCGACCCAAUUACAUCCAUUACUUUAUCCGCAUGCUUCACCAGAAAGGUCUGCUCCUCCGCAUGUACACCCAGAAUAUCGAUGGCUUGGAGAAAAUGUGUGGUAUUCCCGAUGAUAAACUUGUGGAAGCUCAUGGAAGUUUUGCGACUGCCUCCUGUCACUUGUGCUAUACACCUUUUCCUGCUGAUGAUGCCAAGAAAGCCAUCAUGAGUGACAGCAUCCCCACGUGCUCGUUCUGCUCUGCCACAGUCAAGCCGAACGUUGUGUUUUUCGGAGAGGAUCUCCCCGAAAAAUAUUUCCAACAUGAAACAGACUUCCCCAAGGCAGACCUGCUCAUCAUCAUGGGCACUUCUCUAAAGAUUGAGCCCUUUGCCAGCCUGGUGAACACAGUUAAGCCCAGAGUUCUACGUCUGCUGCUAAACCGACACGCAGUGGGGCCGUUUGAGCGGAAACCCCUGAGAAGAGGAGACUACGUGGAGCUGGGAGACCUGGUGGAUUUGGUCAGACGACUCGCUGAGAUUCUGGGCUGGCAGGCAGAGAUUCAACACCUGAUGAACAGCACUGAGAGUGGGGAUUUGCAGACCAUCCCCAUGGUCAUAUCUGGUCCUCACAAGGCCUGCUCCUGCAGCAACAGUGAAGAGAGUGACUCGUCAGAGACAGACAGCAAGGGCACUUGACUUAUAAACUACUGUCACACCCUGCCACAGACCUCCACUCUUAUAACUCUGAUACAGGCCACAUUAUCCUUCUUUUUAUUUAAGGUAAUGUUAUGUGGGUGUCUUUCUUGACAUGUCAGUGGCGUGUUUUUACCUGUGAACAUUUUAAUAGGGUAUUAAAUGACUAAUUAUUAAAAUAAAGUAUUUAAUUAUGUACAUUUGUGGAACAUUUCUCUAAUAAAGAGUUUUAAACCUGAUGAGACCUAAUUAUAAGACAUAAAGUGGGUAUUUUGGUGGACAUAACCCACGACAUAUGUAUGUGUGUGUAUAUGCACGUUGGGUCAAAGUGUACUCUGUGGAACUUGGAGCAGGUCCAGCUCUGAGAGGACAGUGCUAAAUUAGCAUGGGAGGCGUGACCUCCUGAGUGUGUAGUGUCCCGCUGUGUGUGUUUUCACAGGCACUGCAGUCUCCAAGCUGGGGCCUCCCUCCAAAACUCUAAUAAAUGUCUCUGCUUGGCAACAAAGAACCAAUAUCCUGCUGCUGCUGUGUGUGUUUGUGUGAGAAUGUGUAUUUGCUUCUUUGUGUCAGUGUGAGUAAAUGGCUGUCAAUAGGGUUGUGUGUGAGUGAACUGCAGUUUUGCUUGCCAGUGUGUAAUUGAGAGAAAGCAAUUAUUACAUUUUGCACAGUUGAUUAAAUAACGAUCACCUAAUCCUGACCGUAUCUGCUCACAUCUCUGGCGUCGGUUCAUGUCUCAGUGUCUGUCUUAAAACUUAUGAUGGAUUUGUUUAAUCUGAAACUGAAGUUUUUCAGUUUUAAACUAUUUUUAUGCCUUCCUUAUGGAUGGUGUACUUAGUGACGUUUAGAUCUGAACAGUUCGGGACAUAGUUGUAUUCAGGAGUCGCUGCUGUUUUUUUUUUUUCUUUUCUUUUUUCUUUCAAAACUUUACAUGCAUUGUAUCGGUAUCAAUUUCUCUUGAUAAUAAAAGUAUUUAAGUUCU